AUGAGAGAUUCGCGUUCAAGCUCAUACGUAAUUCGCGAAGCGAUCCUGAAGUUCUACGACGACAAGAAAUUGUGGCCACGUGGGAUUACUUCUGCUAUGGAAUGUAUUCAGGUUUUGGAUCGCUUGCCUUCGGCCCUGGCACCUGCACCAGUUCCGCUCAUCACCCAGCAGUAUGCGAAGGCUAUCAAGCCAUUAGCCGACGAGGCUGAUGAUGACGAUGAAGAUGAUGAAGAGGCUGUGGCCUCUGAGGCCUCUGAGCUCAACGAUGGUGAGGAUGAGUCGAACACCCCCCCGACUAAGUCAGCUGGAUAUCGCUUCAAGGUGGAGUUCGCGAUUAAAAAGGGAUCGAAGCGUAAAGCUAAGUCGAAUCCUAAGACUAAGAGGACGAAGCCCGAAAAGGCCAAGGCCGAUCCCGAAGACCAUUGCUAUGGCGACUACUUGCCGAAAGAUUUCUGCGAUCGUGGAAAGGCCUUUAGGAACCAGGCGAAGUCGGAGGGACAUCGUCCGAAAGUCGCCCUCAGAAUGUGGAUGGAGAGUGCAGAGCGAGCAUCGAUUCUGGCAGACCUUCCGCUCAACGAACUUAAGAAACGUAGGUUCGUGCCCAAGGGAUGCACUGAAAACCCGUUCGUGCUCCUUCGCAAUGACCGAGAGUUCCUGGAGCUCUUUGCCGGGCAAGGAAACUUAUCCUCGGCAUUGCGAAGGGCGCGCCUUCGCGGAGCUUCCGUGGAUAUCCUGACCGAGCCGGUCACUAUGGACCUGCUCACGUCUCGGGCCGUAACGGGUCGCAAUGUGUUCAAGCCUUUGGGCAACCAAGUGCACGAGUUUGUGCUCCAGGGAAAUGUGCUGUCGAGCCGUACGGCAUUACUGGUGUACCUAGCACAAUGGUUGCGGCUCCGCUGGGUCAUUGAGCAACCGGAUGGCAGUUUUCUUCCGGAGAUGCCCCGCUUCCAAAAACUAUUCAGCACCUUUGAGAACCUUAUUGAUGUGAUCGUAGAGAAGGCGGGCUUUAUGUCGAAGCAGCAAAUGAGUCAGUUUCAACGCAAAACCGCUGUGCAUCACGUGGAUGCAAAUGGUGUCAAGCGCCAUACUGGCAAGCCCAAAGAGCUCCAACAAUCCCAGCCACUCGAUGCAAAUAAAUCAAUACCUCGGAAGCCGCAGCAUAACCAAUCAUCAUAUAUUAGUACAUUUCCGUCUGCCUUCGCCCAGGGAGUAUACACGGGAGUUCGGCGAGUUCCUGGCGAAUUAUUUCGUGAAGGUGAUGCAGGAAGGGCUCAGGGUUUCAGGGUUUAG